AUGCCUGUUGUUGCUGGUCCCCCCCAGGGCCAUGGCCAGUCCACCUUUGACAAAAUGAAAAUGGGAGCUAUGAUGGGAACUUCUGUCGGAGCGAUCAUGGGAUUCAUCGGUGGUGCUGUUACCAUUUUCCAAUACGGCGCUGGGCCCAAUGGUGUCAUGCGCACGCUGGGCAAGUAUAUGCUUGGCUCUGGCGCUACUUUUGGAAUGUUCAUGUCCAUCGGUAGCGUCAUUCGAACUGAAGGCCCAUACCACGAAGCCUGGCGCAACGUGCAGGCCAAGCCCGUCAUCCUUCCUCGAGAAUACCCAGAGCGACGAUAG